AUGAUGGCCGACUCUCCAGACACUCAGCACGAGUCCGAAGCGACUCACGACGAAUGCUUCAAGUCCCAAACGAGCCAGGAUGGGAGGAGCAGUGGUGCUCGCUCCCCGCAAGACAGCAGUGCUGGCCGCGUCCAAUUCCGAAUGCCAGACUACUCGCCUCACCAAAGCGAUGCUAUCGCGCACGCAACGUCCUGGAACACCAUCCCGGAUUCAUCAUGGCUGCAUUACGGCACGAUGGAAAGCGGUCCAUCGGACGCUUCAGGCACAGAGGCGGCUUCUCGGAACGCGCAUAGAUUCUCCAUUCAUCGACUCGCAUCACUGCCCAGAUUCAGCAUCACGCAAUUCCCACGCUUCUCCGUCUUCCAUCAGCGGGACUAUAGAAGAUUGGACAUUUUGCUGGCGGUGGUGGGCUUUGUGCUGGUGGGGUCGUUGUUCUCGGCACUUCUUGUGAGAAUCGCUUCGACCAACCGUGGCCGAUGUGGUGGAGCAGAGAUCGCGUGA